AUCGACGUCCGCAAGUGUCAAUGCCCCGACUCAUAUGAUGUCCAAUAGCCGCAUCUCGAUGUAGGCAUCCUUGCCAGUGGUGCUAAAGGAUGCCGGCAGGAUGACCCGCCGCACCUCGCCAACACGCAUGUCAGUCCACAUCUCCUGGAGCCACUCACGUACAUCAGACAGACCGAACUCCAGCCCACUGCCCUCCCCUCUCUUGUCCUGGCCGUCAAAGUCGUCAGACCACUCGAUAAUGUCGGCCUUUAUCCGCUGAUCACGGGUCGGUGUGGGACCGCUGCCCUCCUGCACCACCCAAGACAACACGCCCGUCGACCGCCUCCUGCUGCCAUCGCUGGCCGCCGCUUCUUCUCUUGCUAGUGCUGGCGGUGCUGCUGCUGCUGCUGCUGACGGUGGUGGUGGUGGUGGUGGCCGCUCGGAACCGACAGAACUCCUGACAAGAAAAUACCAAAGAGCAAUGCGCACAUAUGAAUGAGCCCCGUGGCGCACACCAAUCCUCACACGUGUGUGAAUGUGCCCGACUCACCGGAUGUCCACCAGCCUGUACUCGAGAUAUCUCUCCUUAAAGUUUCCGUUGCCUGGCACGAAUACGCGCCGCACCUCACCCACACGCAUGUCAGUGAGGACCUCCUGCUCCCACUCAGCCCAGUAAGACACACGACCCACCACCCCACCGAGAUCAUAUUCCUUGUCUUGUCCGUCGAAGUUAUCACGCCACUCGAUGAUGUCGACCGUGACAUUCUGUUCAUACGUCGGUUCAGGCCCACUGCCCUCCUUGACCACUUGAUAGUAGGCGCCAGACGGCAUCCGUGUGAAGCCGGCGGGAGUGCUGGUAAAGACAACACCAAAGAGCACCGCCCACACAUAAAGUGGAUGCCGUGAGGCACGUGUGAAUGUACCCCGACUCACAGGAUGUCCAAAAGCCGCAACUCGUUGUAAGCAUCCUUGUCAGUGGUGCUAAAUGGCGUCGGGACGAUGACCCGCCGCACCUCACCAACACGCAUGUCAGUGAGCACCUCGUGUUGCCACAGACCUCGAGCACACGGACGAUCCACCUCCCCCCGCCUCACGCACACGUUGUCUCCGUCGAAGUCGUCAGCCCACUGGAUCCAGUCGAACUUGACGCGUUGGUCACCUGUCGGUUUUGGCCCACUGCCCGGCUGCACCACUUCAAUCAGAUAGUACGCGCCAGACGGCAUCUGUCUGAAGCUCACAGGAGUCCUGGCAAAGAAAACACCAAAGAGGAGAGGAUGAGCAACACCCACAUGCACACCAUGUGAGUGCCGUGCCACUUGUGCGUGUCUCUCACUCCUCGUCCAUAAUGCCGAUCAACCGCAGCUGACGGUACCAGCCUCUAUAGCCGUCUGGCACUUUGAUUUGCCUGAUCUCCCCCUCCCUCAUUGACAGCACCGCCUCACGCCACCAAUCACGCUCAUCAGACACACGAGCGACCACCCCACGGUGAUCGUAGUAAAUGAACUGGCCGUCGAAUCCAUCACGCCACUCGAUGACGUCGUACUUGACGCGGUCGUUGGCCGUGGGCGCUCUGCCGCUGCCCUGUCGCACCACCUUGUGAAGUGCGCCAGACGGGCGCUGAACGAAGCCAUCGUCGGCCGUGUUGUCGUCUUUGCCGGCCGCCGCCCCUUCAUCUGCCGCUGGUCUCGCUGCUGGGGUUGGUGCGGGUGCUGGUGGCUGAUCGCCUUCCUUAUUCUCUUGGCCUUGGUCGAUGUCGACAGCCGAUCUGACCACCAGCACCAAGUCGGGGAUAAAGCACACCUGUCUGUGUCUGCUUGUUCAGGUCGCUCACUUGUCGUGUUCGAUGCAGAACUUGAUGUGCGAGUAGAAUGACGGCUUGAUGGCCAACCGCUGGCCAUUGACCUCGAACUCAUAGCCGCCUUUGACAUUCCCAUAGACAAAGUGACCAUCCAACAGCCCAACAGGUUCUCCACUCAUGACGGCAACACACCGCCCUGCACAGACACACAGACACAGACACACACAGACACAAACAGUCAGAGUGACGUUCACUUCAGCGUGAGAUCUGCAUGUGUGUCGGUGUUGGCUGACGUCCUCUGAGUUCGCUGAUGCGUUGGAAUAGAUUCAGCCGUGAUGUGAGCUGGAUUUGCGACCUCAGUGGUGUGAGUGGUGGUCGCACAAACCCAUCGACAGCCGCCCAGGGCACCAUGAGGACGGCAAACAGCCACACGACCAUCGUGACAGUCACGACACACGCCCGAUUUGUC